CCCAUUGAUCACAGAUACUCCCGCUCCGGCUACCACGUCGUCCACCACCACGCUCGCCGCCUCCCGAGUUCCCCGGCGGCCAAAACCCUAGAACCCCUGCAAGGACAGAGGGAGAGAGAGAGAGAUAGGCAAUGGAAAGGCUAGACGAGAGCAAGUUCGAGCAGCGUCUGGAGCUGUGGGCGCUACGCAUCCCCCGCGAGCUCGCUUCCGCCGUCACCCGCCUUCUCCGCUCCGGCUAUCUACUGGAUAAGCCACGGAUUAAGCCUGUAGUUGAGGACCCCGAGAGCGACAAGAACCGGCUCGUCGUGCUGUCAGAGAGGAUUCAAAAGCCCGAUUUGUCUGGCAUGCCACAUCAGAUGCAUGAUUCAUUGAAGCAACUAUGCAAUGUUGAUGUUGUACCUUAUACAUUGACUCUUGGAUAUUCGUACUGGAGUGCAGAUCACAUUCUGAAGCAAAUCCUGCCUGCUGGAGUGGAGGUACCCUCUUCAUUUGAGACAAUUGGUCAUGUUGCUCAUCUGAACAUAUCUGAUGACUUGCUAGCAUAUAAAGAUGUCAUAGCAAAGGUUAUCUAUGAUAAGAAUUAUCCUAGGAUACAGACGGUGGUGAAUAAAGUUGGGACAAUUACAAAUGAAUUUAGAGUCCCAAAGUUUGAGAUCUUAGCAGGGAAAAAUGAUAUGGUUACUGAAGUUAAACAAUAUGGCGCAACAUUCAGGCUUGAUUAUGGUUUGGUCUACUGGAAUUCAAGACUUGAACAUGAGCACAUCAGAUUGGUUUCCCUUUUCAAGAAAGGAGACGUUAUAUGUGACAUGUUUGCUGGCAUAGGUCCAUUUUCAAUCCCGGCUGCUCAGAAAGGAUGUGUUGUGUAUGCAAAUGACUUGAAUCCAGACAGUGUUCAUUAUCUAAGAACAAACGCAAAGAUUAACAAGGUGGAGGACUAUAUAUUCACCUAUAACAUGGAUGCUAAAGUGUUCAUGCGAAGUUUGAUGAGUGUGCCUGGUUCAGAAACUAAAUCAGACUCUCAAGUUGCGGCUGAUGAAUGCUAUCCUAAAGGAGGGAUCCCUGCUAAUGAAUAUUCAUCUUCAAAUGGAAAUCAUAAUGAUGUUCAAGAGGACGGUCAAAAUAGUGCAAAUGACUCCUCUAUGGCAAGUACUACUGCCAAAAAGCGACAACAAACUUCAAAAGAAGGUGAACUUGAUUGUCAAGAUGGAGAUGCUAGUCAAAUAAAAAAAAGAAACAACAAGAGAGUAAGAGGAUCAGGACCACCACCCACAAAGCCGUGGGAACACUUUGAUCAUGUACUGAUGAAUCUACCAGCUUCUGCUCUGCAGUUCCUCGAUUGUUUUGAUGGUCUUAUCCAAAAGAAACACUGGACAGGAUCACUACCUUGGAUACAUUGUUAUUGUUUCAUCCGAUCAACUGAAUCUGAGGAAUCAAUACUAUCUGAAGCACAGAAUAGAUUGAAUGCUAAGAUAGCAGAACCGAUAUUCCAUAGGGUUCGUGAUGUUGCGCCAAACAAGGCUAUGUUUUGUUUAAGCUUCAAGCUACCCAUGGAGUGUCUGAAGGAGGACAAUGAAAAUCACAUCCAAUCAGUUGUCUAGCAGACGCUGCCAUACUGUGAUGCCUAAGUUUUAACUGUUCCGCCUGCGGUUUUUGGAGCUUUACUAAAGAAACUGGAACUGUGCUGGUAAUUCUGGGGUUAGCUGUUGUAGAUAGAUCUGAAUCACCAUUUCAUGGUGAAGAGGGAUUACCAGAUUAUUUCUGAUGCUCUGGUUAUCAGCUUUGAUGUAGCCACGGAAGAUGCUUUGGUGGCUGCAAUCAAGACGUUGGUAGUAGCACCAUCUGAUUCAGAAGCAUGGUACCAUUGGUUUACAGGAAGUGCACGGUUAUGCUGUUUUUGCAAGGAUUUGUAUCUUCAGCCCAUCUUGACUCCAAAGCUUUAUCAUUGUUCAAGUUUAGAUUUUUUUUUGCCAUGUCAAAGGCGUCGCAGAACAUCCCAAGUGUAUGCCUUGUCAAUGUCACAUAGUUUUACUCUGAUGGAUUUGAAGAGAAUAGAAUAUGGUCAGAAUUCAGAGAUGUUAAUACUUCAUAGUA